AUGUCUGCUUCCCACACUGAUCCCUCCACACCCACUGACCGGGAGGACAGCCAGGCAGGUCUGAGUCCGGGGCUCCUGUGCAGGGUAUGUGGGGACAGCAGCUCUGGGAAGCACUAUGGCAUCUACGCUUGCAAUGGUUGCAGUGGCUUCUUCAAGAGAAGCGUGAGGAGGAAGCUCAUUUACAGGUGCCAGGCUGGUUCUGGGACAUGCCCCGUGGACAAGGCCCACAGGAACCAGUGCCAGGCCUGCCGCCUGCGGAAGUGUCUGCAGUCAGGGAUGAACAAGGAUGCCGUACAGAAUGAGCGCCAGCCCCGGAGCACGGCCCAGGUCCGUCUCGACAGCAUUGAGCUGGAUCCCAAUCUCAGGCCGGAGCAUCUCACGACGACUCGAGCUGGCCCCGAGCCUGCCAGUCCUCUGGUGCUUGGCCUUCGGGUUCCUUCGUCUGCCUCCACGACAGCAGCCCCUCGGGCUCUGACGCCUCCAGGAAACCAUCGCUUCAUGGCCAGUCUCAUGACGGCGGAGACUUGUGCCAAGCUGGAGCCAGAGGAUGUCGAUGAGAACAUCGAUGUCACCAGUAAUGAGCCGGACCAUCCCCUGACUGAUGACCAGCCGGGUUCACACCCUUCUACCAGCCCUGAGAACGUCUAUGAGACAUCUGCUCGCCUCCUCUUCAUGGCUGUGAAGUGGGCAAAGAACCUCCCGGUAUUUUCUAACCUGCCCUUCAGAGACCAGGUGAUUUUGUUGGAAGAGGCCUGGAGUGAGCUGUUCCUCCUAUGUGCCAUCCAGUGGUCUUUGCCUCUGGAGAGCUGUCCACUGCUGUCUGUGCCAGACCCAACCCCUGGCAUUCAAGGAAAACUCAUGUCUGCUGCAAUAGAGACUCAGAUCCUACAGGAAACCAUUGCCCGAUUCAAAUCACUCACAGUGGACCCCACUGAGUUUGCAUGCAUGAAGGCUCUCGUCCUCUUCAAACCAGAGACGCGGGGCCUGAAGGAUCCAGAGCAGGUGGAGAAUCUGCAGGACCAGUCUCAGGUGAUGCUGGGGCAGCACAACAAGAUGCAUUACCCCAGCCAGCCCGUGAGGUUCGGAAAACUGCUUCUGCUUCUGCCCUCCCUGAGGUUUAUCUCUUCGGAUCGCAUCGAGCUCCUCUUCUUCCGCAGAACCAUAGGAAACACACCCAUGGAGAAGCUCCUCUGUGAUAUGUUCAAAAACUGA